AUGAAAUCAGACCAACAAAAAAAACCGGUUACCGUCGUUGUUAUACCUGACAAGUAUCAGGCUUAUGAGAUAUCCCACUUCUGUGUAUCUCCAAAAUAUGUGGAGUUUCUCGACAGGCUGAUGAUUCCGAACGGGCUAAUCAAGGACAGAAUUGAAAAAGUGGCGUCGGAGAUAAUAGAGCAUUUUGAGAGCAUUAAAGCCCAGCAUAUUACCAUGAUGUGUGUGCUGAAAGGCGGUUUCAAGUUCUUUGCCGACCUAAUCGAUGCCAUGGAGCGCACCAUCCGAGCUCGGGGCACCCCCAUCCCCAUUUCUACCGAUUUCGUACGAGUCCGCAGUUAUGUGGACAUAUUGAUUGUGGAAGAUAUUAUUGACACGGGAAAAACUAUGACGGCUUUACAUAAGUACCUAAAUACUCUUCAAGCACGAUCGGUCACAGAUGUUAGCCUUCUGCUUAAGAGAACGCCAUUAAGCUGUGGAUAUCGGCCUUAUUUUGCGGGCUUUGAAAUUCCUGACGACUUUGUCGUUGGAUACGCUCUGGAUUACAACGACUACUUCAGGGACCUUCAUCACAUCUGUGUAAUAAAUAAUGCCGGAAUGGAAUAUUUCGCCGUGCCUGAUGAUAAAAACCGUUUGGCAGAUGACCCCAAGUCCUCCGACUAA